AUGGCCGUGGAGCGGCGGCGCGAGGCGGCGGGCGGCGGGCCCGGGCACAGGCCGGCGGCCGGGGGGAACGGCGCGCUCCCGCCCGGGGACGCGGCGGCCGCGGGGGCGCCCGGCGGGGACCUCCAGCCCGCGCCGCCCCCCGGCUGCUGCGCGCCGCCCGCCGCCCCGAGCCUCCUGUUGCUGGACUACGACGGGUCGGUGCUGCCCUUCCUGGGCGGCCUGGGCGGCGGCUACCAGCGCACGCUCGUGCUGCUCACCUGGAUCCCCGCGCUCUUCAUCGGCUUCAGCCAGUUCUCGGACUCCUUCCUGCUGGACCAGCCCAACUUCUCGUGCCGCGGGGCCGGCAAGGGCGCCGAGCCGCCGGGGGCCGCCGACGCGGCCAACUGGACCGGCCCGGCCACCACCCCCUUCACCGCCGCGGCCGCCUGGGGGCCCGCGGGCAACCGGAGCCACCACGGCGGCGGCGGCGCCGGCGGCUGGGACGGGCCCGACACGCCGCCGCUGCCCUCCCCGCCCGACCCGGGGGACAACGCGUCCAACUGCGACUGUCACGAGUGGGACUACGGCAUCCGCUCGGGCCUCGUCCAGAACGUGGUCAGCAAGUGGGACCUGGUGUGUGACAAUGCCUGGAAGGUCCACAUCGCCAAGUUCUCUCUCCUGGUGGGCCUCAUCUUCGGCUACCUGGUCACCGGCUGCAUCGCCGACUGGGUGGGCCGGCGGCCCGUGCUGCUGGGCUCCGUCAUCUGCAUCCUGCUGUUCGGCCUGACGGUGGCGCUGUCCGUGAACGUGACCAUGUUCAGCACCCUGCGGUUCUUCGAGGGCUUCUGCCUGGCCGGCAUCAUCCUCACGCUGUACGCGCUGCGGAUCGAGCUGUGCCCGCCGGGGAAACGGUUCAUGAUCACCAUGGUGGCCAGCUUCGUGGCCAUGGCGGGCCAGUUCCUCAUGCCCGGGCUGGCCGCCCUGUGCCGGGACUGGCAGGUCCUGCAGGCGCUCAUCAUCUGCCCCUUCCUGCUGAUGCUGCUCUACUGGUCGGUCUUCCCCGAGUCCCUCCGCUGGCUCAUGGCGACGCAGCAGUUCGAGGCGGCCAAGAAGCAGAUCCUGAACCUCACCCAGCGGAGCUGCCUGAGCCCCGAGAGCGACAUCAAAGGCAUCAUGCCUGAGCUGGAGAAGGAGCUCUCCCGGCGGCCCAAGAAGGUGUGCAUCGUCAAGGUGGUGGGGACGCGCAACCUGUGGAAGAACAUCGUGGUCCUGUGUGUGAACUCGCUGACCGGCUACGGCAUCCACCACUGCUUCGCCCGGAGCAUGAUGGGCCACGAGGUGAAGGUGCCGCUGCUGGAGAACUUCUACGCCGACUACUACACGGUGGCCAGCAUCGCGCUGGCCUCCUGCCUGGCCAUGUGCGUGGUGGUCCGCUUCCUGGGCCGCCGGGGCGGGCUGCUGCUCUUCAUGAUCCUCACGGCGCUGGCCUCGCUGCUGCAGCUCGGGCUCCUCAACCUGAUCGGAAAGUACAGCCAGCACCCCGAGUCAGAGUUGCAGCUGAAGUUGGCCGUAGGCAUGAGCGACAGCGUCAAGGACAAGUUCUCCAUCACCUUCUCCAUCGUGGGCAUGUUCGCCUCGCACGCCGUGGGCAGCCUCAGCGUGUUCUUCUGCGCCGAGAUCACGCCCACCGUCAUCAGGGGCGGCGGCCUGGGGCUGGUGCUGGCCAGCGCGGGCUUCGGCAUGCUGACGGCGCCCGUCAUCGAGCUGCACAACCAGAAGGGCUACUUCCUGCACCACGUGCUCUUCGCCUGCUGCACCCUCAUCUGCAUCACCUGCAUCCUGCUGCUGCCCGAGAGCCGCGGCCAGGCGCUGCCCGAGAGCCUGUCGGGCGGCGAGCACUACACGCGCCGGCCGCUGCUGCCGCACCGCCGCGGCGAGCAGCCGCUGCUGCUCACCAACGCCGAGCUCAAGGACUACUCGGGGCUGCACGGCGCGGCGGCCGCGGGCGACGGGCCCGACAGCGCCACGGCCAACGGCAUGCGCCCCGCGUAGCCGCCCCGCGCCCGGACCCGCCUCCCUGCCGGGGGUGUUUGUAUUUAUUUGGGUCAUUUUUACAAGAAGCACUUUACACCCUCUCAUGAGCUCCGCAGGGGCGUCCUCCCCCGGGAGGGGGUCCCGCACCAGCCUGCCCCCGCCCGCCGGGAGGCCAGUGCCGUGGAAAGGACCAGAAGCUUCGCGCCCCGCCCCCACCCCGGGGCUGGGGACGCCCGCGGCCACACGGGCGGCCGGACGCUGCCCCCAGGGACCAGAGGGGGGGGCGGGGCGGGGGGGAUCAGCGGCCCCUCCCUCGCCCAGCACCACCUGCAAACUCGGCGGCCGUGGGGCCCCCACACCGCGAGCACACAUCACACCGACAUCACCAGCCUGCAGGGCGGCCACGCGCCGACUCGACGCUCAGAGACCGGGACCGGGCAGGGGUGGGGGAGGGGGAGCGGCGCCCCCCCAGGUGAGUGCCACCGGGGUCUCCCUCCCCGCCCCCGGAACGCAGAGACGGACAGAGCGAAGCAAUAACUCCCCAAACGCCAGGCCCGGCCCCCGCCCGGGUCUGCCCCGCCGCGCCCCCCACUCCCGCUUCCCCUCGCCUCUCCAGCUCAGGCUCCUCCACCCGCCUGGAGUGCUCCCCACAGCCGGCACCGCGGGGGCCACGCGGACAGCCCCGUCCUUUGGGGCCUUUUUUUUUGUUUUUCUGGAACUUCCCCGUCCCUGGCAGUGUCUGCACAGGCCGUGCCCAGGGAAAUCUGUGUCCCUGGUCCGGGCGGCCGUGAGGACACGGAGGGCCGGGUCAGGGCUGACCGCACCCCCGGCCCCCCCACGCCUGCUUGCACCGUGCGCCCGCCCACCUUCGCGUGCCAAACCAGAUACCUUUUGCCUUUUCUCAAGUACUUGCUACAGAGCCACCUGGGGCCGCCCAGGCAGUGGAGGGGGCCGUGGGGGGCGGGGGGCCCCCAGGUCGGGGUGUGCGGGGACCCCAGAGGACCGGCUCGUUCUGCCUCGCAUCCUUCCCCAGCGUCCCAGUGGUGCCUGCCGGGGCCUCCGUCCACCUUAAGUGACUCACUAGGAAGCGUCCGACAGGGCCAGCGGGGGACGGGGUGGGGGGCCAUGGGGGGCGGGGUGGAGGCUGGGCGCCUGGGGAUGCACCUUGCUCGCUCCCCCCAGGGCGGUCACUUCUCAGGCUGCUCCCUGGGCCGGGCGCCGGGCUGGCUCUGCUCUCGGACCCUGCCCUGAGACGCCACGCAAGCCGGACCGCGAGAGGCUGGCGAGGAGGGGGAAGCGCCAACACAAGCCCCGCCCGGGGGGCCACUCGCGGGGCCAUGGUGCCCCUGGCGGUGGCCGGGCCCUCGCUGCCGGAGCCCCCCACGUGUCUUCCGUCCGUGUCGCGGGCGCGCCCCGCCGUCCUCCGUCAGAUCCGUGUCUGUCCGUGUGUCCCGGGCCACUCUGGAGGGGUCCCUCCUAGCACAAGCCCCGACCGAGCCCUGAACUGUCGAAGCUGAAUGUCUGCAUGAUGUCACGUGUCGUCCCCCCGGGGAGGGUCCGUCUGUAUGUGCAGGACACGAUGCUGCCCCCUAAGUUUUCCUCGGGAACAUCCUCCCUACCUCAUCUGAUGGUACCCACUGGAGGCAUCUCACCACCAUUGGCCACAAGUAAUAAACGACCUGCUUACUCAUA